AUGAAGCUUCCGCCUGAACCUCUGGACGUCCCCAACGCCGACUCGUUGAACGACGAGGCCGAGUACUCGCUCGCCGCAGAGUUUGAGUCGGACACCACGUGGGGCAGCAGCAGCAUUGACGAGGCGAGCACCGACACCGCAAGUGAGCUCUCGGAUGACGAUCCUGGGGCCUCACUUUUUCUUGACACGUCCUAUGACAGCGACGAGAUGGACUGCGAGAACUCCGUUAGCAGUGUCGAGUCCUUGGAUGGCGCGGUCGAGGACCCACUCGUGCCAGAGUGUCCACUGCCGUCGGGCGCCCCAUCUUGCAGCGGCGAGAACGUCGAUAAUCGUUUUGUGUUGCCUCCGGAGGAAUGGAACCCGUUCAACUUCGAGCACGAAGUAACGUCGCAUCAGUGCCUGGUGCGCUGCAGACACGAUGUUAUGAACCUCAUCACCGAUCCACCGCCGGGAGUGUACAUCGCGCCCCAGGAGAACGACAUCACGAGGAUUCACGCACUGGUGAUGGGCCCAAUGAACACGCCGUAUGAAGGUGGCUUCUUCCAUUUCUUUAUACAGUGCCCGCCCGACUUCCCCAUCAAACCACCUCGCGUGCGCCUCUUGAACACCGACGGUGGUCGCCUGAACUUUCAUCCGAACCUGUACGAGAGCGGCCAAGUAUGCCUCAACAUUCUCGGCACCUCGGACUGGAGUGGAGUGCCGGUGGAGUGGUGCCCUGCUAUGACCCUCGCCAGCGUGCUAGUAUCUAUACAGUCGCUGAUGAGCGAGAAACCGUCCUGGAGCGUGGAGGAGGACGACAGCGAGCGGUCCUGCCUGUUGGUGCAACACGAGACAAUCCGGGUAGCCGUCUGUGACGCCAUCGAAGCUUGUAUCAACGGAACGUCUUUCUUACCGUCAUGCCUACGAGAAAUAGCGCUACUAAUCUUCCUAGACAACAUCGACAAAUAUCUUGCGGUGAUGGGGUCUAAUCUGAGUCUUACAGGUAGGGCAAUGUGGUACCCCUCGGGCUAUCCAGCCAGGACGCGGGCGCUGUACCAGUACGGAGCUUUGGUCACUAGACUCUGGAGGCUGGAAACAGAAGUCCAGGAUUUGCUGAAGGCCAGGGACACGGUACAACAAUGA